AUGGCAACGCCAGCCGACCCCCCUUGGAGGGCCGCCUUCCUCUCCGAUGUCGAGCGGAUGGAUUCGCCGACGUUUGUUCUCAGCGCACUCGGCCAAUCCAACGGCGCGCCAUUGUCAUGGUCCUCGUCAUCCUCCCCCCCAAGUCCACGGGAUCAUCCUCCUCGACCCUCCAUCAUGGUCCCGCGUGCGCGUACCGUCGUCUUUCGCGGCAUGUGGGCUUGCCUCCCCGUGAACGGCAAAAACCCAGCCGAGCUCAACGCGGACGUAUUUACGAGCUACCUUCCCACCAUAACCACCGACGUCCGCAUGCAAAAGUCGUCCGAGCUCGUGUCCGGAGACGGUGCCGGCAACCCCGUCGAGGCCGUUUUCUGGGCCGCCGAAGCCAAGAACCAAUGGCGCCUCCGCGGCCGGGCCUACCUUCUCGGCCCGGACAUAGACUCCGAGGCGGCGGCGCCUGUGAGGGCCGCCAUCAAGCCCUACAUGCGGCCGCGCGGUACCGGCGCCGGCACCGACGUCGGCGGACCCUGGAGCUGGAGCAGGGAGUUGACGGCACAUUUUGGCAACCUCAGCCCUUUGAUGCGGGGCACCUUCAAGAACCCGCCUCCCGGCACGCCUCUUGCUUGCAUGGCCGACCAAGGAUUCGGGCUUGGCGCCGAGGUGCACGACCUCGACGACGAGCUAGCGCGCCGGAACUUCCGCGUGGUUGUCAUCGUGCCAGACGAGAUCGACAGGGUCGACCUGUCAGAGCCGGCCAGAGUCCGGAGGUGGAGUUACAGCCGAGAAAGGGCCAGCGAAGACGGCUGGAGAGUGACGGAGCUGUGGCCAUGA